CCACCAAUGUCGGUACCUAUAUGGCGCGGUGGGCGGAGUUCAGGUCUUAAAUGGUGUAGGAUCCGCUCGUAUUAGUGUCUUCUCCUUCGUCACCGCCGCAGCCUCUUUCUGACUUCGUUCAUUCAUUCUUUUUUUUUUUUUUUUUUUUUGUUCAUUCAAGAAGAUAGUGAGGCCUAGUCCGAAAGCCAUGGAGUGCCUUCUGUCCGUCGCCACCGGUCUCCUGUAUUGGGUGGGCGCCGGCACGGUGGCCUACCUCACCCUACGCGUCUCGUACUGGCUCUUCUGGGCCUUUCGGGUCUGGGGUGUGGGCAACGAUGCGUGGGUCGGGCCGAGGCUCGGUGAAUGGGCAGUUGUCACGGGCAGUACUGAUGGGAUUGGAAAAUCAUAUGCGGAGCAGGUAGCAAAGCGUGGAAUGAAGAUUGUUCUUAUCAGCAGAUCACAGGAUAAACUAAGCCAAGUUGCCAGCGACAUAAAAGAGAAAUUUAAAGCGGAGACAAGAACUAUUGCUGUUGACUUUACAUCAGAAGAUAUUUAUGACAAAAUUGAAGCGGGCUUGGCAGGACUUGAAAUUGGUGUUUUAGUGAACAACGUGGGAAUGUCAUACGACUAUCCUGAAUACUUUCUGGACAUUCCCGACUUGGACAAUACCAUCAGGAAACUGAUAAAUAUUAAUGUAAUUUCUGUUUGUAAGAUGACACGAUUGGUGCUGCCUGGCAUGGUAGAAAGAUCUAAAGGAGCCAUUCUGAACAUCUCCUCUGCCAGCGGCAUGCUCCCAGUCCCGCUGCUGACCAUCUACUCUGCGACCAAGGCUUUUGUAGACUUCUUCUCCCAGUGCCUCCAUGAGGAGUAUAGAAGCAAGGGCAUCUUUGUGCAGAGUGUCCUGCCAUACUACGUGGCUACAAAGCUGGCUAAAAUCCGGAAACCAACUUUGGACAAGCCCUCCCCAGAGACAUUUGUGAAGGCUGCACUCCAGACAGUCGGCUUAGACGCUCGGACGAAUGGCUACCCGAUCCAUUCUCUGAUGGGCUCAAUACACUCACUGCUGCCUGUGUGGCUUUUUGCAAAAGUAUCCAUGAAUAUGCACAAGUCGCUGCGAGCUCGCUAUCUGAAGAAAAACAAGAAGAACUGAGCGCUGGGGACUGCACCGGGUACCUCGGUCAUUACACAGCCCCCCCGGCCAGUCUGCAGAUUUCACAGUUGUUUCAGUGGUUACUAACUUGGCUAAAUUUUAAGGUCCUUUGGGAGGAAAGCAAAAGUUGCUUUGAGGAGCUCCUGACUUAUAUUCUGGAUGCUAAUAAAUUUGAAGCUUGAUGUAAA